AUGUCGAUCCCGCCGCAGCUGAUUCGCGUCAAGCGCAAACGGGUCGAGGAGACACCUGUCCAGUUUCUCCAGUUGGACGCGGGCCAGAAACGACCCUGCGGUGGUAGUUGGGCAUAUCAGCGACGGGCACCGGCGGCAGCCACCUCUGCAAAUGCUGCCCACCCCGAUAGGCCUGUCAUUCACGUCUCAUGCCCUGAGGAUGCUUCUCCUCCGACCAAGAAGCAUCAUGGCGCGCGUCACAAUAUCGCCUCCACCGCAUUCGUCCCCUCUUCCGACACUGUGAAGCUUGACAAGCCUAUCCACGUCGAGCCCAGGCGAUUUCGAGUGUCAAGGUCGGCAACGCUGUUGGCCAGCAGGAGCAACUCCAAAAGGACACGGUACUCCUCUGCCGUCUUCAUCGAGGGAACUCUGAAAAGGAAGACACGCAAACCUCGGGGAGGCCUUGCUCCAUUCCAUGCUGAAACGCAAGCAGAAGUUGAGCCGUCCCCGUUGACGAAUACGUCCGAAAUCCAUCAGCAAAAGCAGUUAAAGCGGCCCGGUACCAGAAGCAAGGCUCAGGUUGCUGUCGAGACUCUGGAGCGGAAACCAUUUCCAUCAUCUCUCAUGAACCAUCAAAACGAAAACAUGGAUCAAGUCGCCGCGGCUAUGGACCAAUGGGUCCUCGACGAGAUUGGUUUCGCUCUUCAUGACAUGCAACAAGAGAGACCAAAGGUUUCCAAAUUCAAGCCCAAGCCACCUGCCAAGCGGUUUCAAGAGCGUCACCCCGAGUUUACGCCAUCCCCACCCCCUCUGGCCGAAGAGCCCAUCGAUAUGACCAUGAGCGACGCCACAGAUGACGAUGACGAGGAUGACUGGGUCAUCGAGGAGUACGUCCGCAUUCCUGCCAACUCGGUUGCGUUGGGUGUCUCACCCAUGGACAUCGGCAUCCUGGUCUUCCAAGACGAGGAAGAAAACAUGCUUUUCUUUGGCCAGUCUCCGGACGACGAGGAUGAUCUGGAUGAGGACGACGAGGAUGAAAACGCCGAAAAUCACUACACAGCUGAUUAUCCGGAGGAUGAGGUAGACUCGGAUGACGAAUUCGGCCGACAAGCGUACCUCUACCGCAACUGCAACGCCUCUGAUGAAGAGGAGUACGAUGACAUGUACAACAGCAAUGACGAAAGAGACGACGAAAUGGUCAUCAAGAGCGAUAUACUAGACAAUGACGAUGCUCAUAUGGAGCGCAUCCGAGCGUUUAUGAAACGCAACUCGGCCUUUCAGUAA